CUUCCUGGUUGGCCCUGUUUUAUUGUACAUGGUCUGCGGAGAAGUCCGGAGACCGGACCCGAAAGAGAAUGAAAUACCGAGUUAGCUAGGUAACCGAGAGCAACUAUUGUUUUAUUUAACCCAUAAAUAUGUUAGUUAACAUCACGUUGACACCACGGCCUCAGUGAAAGUGUCAGCGGGCCGGGGGAGAGUCGCAGUCCUCCCGCAGGUGACGUUAGCUGGGAGCGCGCUAACGGGCGGAGACCUUCUCGGUUUGAUAUAUUUUAACUUGCAAAAAAAAUUAAACAACUCGAUGAAAUGUUUCGCCACAACCACAAGAGAGAGAAUGAGUAUGUGGAUAAAGCCACAGCUGCUCUAGAAUGAGGAGCCCGUCUCAUCGCACCAGGGACAUCGAGCGUCAGGCUGGCUACCUGAAGCCUGAACACUGCGCCCCUCCCCCGCCCCAGGGCAGCUCCGGCACCAUGUGGUUCAUCCGCGACGGCUGCGGCAUCGUGUGCGCCGUCAUCACCUGGAUGCUGGUCUUCUAUGCAGAGUUUGUGGUCGUGUUCGUGAUGCUCUGGCCCGCCAAGAGCCUGGCGUACAGCCUCUUCAACGGCGUGAUCUUCAACAGUUUGGCCUUCCUCGCCCUCGCCUCGCACGCCAAGGCCAUGUGCACUGACCCGGGAGCUGUGCCCAAAGGAAACGCAACCAAAGAAUUCAUCGAAAGCCUCCAGCUCAAACCAGGACAGGUGGUCUACAAGUGUCCUAAAUGCUGCAGCAUCAAGCCUGACAGGGCUCAUCACUGCAGUGUGUGCAAACGGUGCAUCAAAAAGAUGGACCACCACUGUCCUUGGGUCAACAACUGUGUCGGGGAGAACAAUCAGAAAUACUUUGUGCUCUUUACGAUGUACAUCGCAUUAGUAUCCUUCCAUGCAUUGGCCAUGGUGGCGUUCCAUUUUGUUUUCUGCUUCGAAGACGAUUGGUCAAAGUGCAGCACCUUUUCUGCACCAGCAACUGUCAUCCUGCUCAUCCUGCUGUGCUUCGAGGGGCUUCUGUUCUUAAUCUUCACCGCCGUCAUGUUUGGGACACAGGUCCACUCCAUCUGCAGCGACGAGACAGGCAUCGAGCAGCUAAAAAAAGAGGAAAGAAGAUGGAUCAAAAAGUCCAAAUGGAUGAACUUGAAAGUGGUGUUCGGUCACCCGUUCUCCGUUGCCUGGCUGAACCCGUUUGCCACACCUGACCACGGCAAGGCGGACUUGUACCAGUACAUCGUGUGACCAGUAAGAACUCUUCAUACUACUCUGCUCCAACCAUAUUUACCAAUGACAUUUCAAAUAAAAUACAAUUUGCAAAACCUGCCACUAUGGUACCUCCCUUUUGCUGCCGCACGCCAUCAGUGGCGGUUCAAAAGUAGGUGCGGUUCUUUCGACUAAAGUGUAUUUACUCAACUGCAGAGAGCAGCAGGCGUUUAUUAAUGGGAAGCUGAAGAUUAUUGUCUUUAAAGUCGUCCACUUUCUCUGCGACACUGGUGUGUUAGGACCAGUGGUUCGAUUUGAGUAAAGGUGGUCCUCAGAUUGUAAAAUGUAGUCUAUUUUGGGAAAAUUAGAGUAUCAUGAGGGUCAGCAGAUGCAAGGAUGUGGCUGUUUCAAACUAAAGUCAUGAAGAAGUAAGCACAUUUCUGGUUAACAGAUGCUUGUUAAGUACGUUUAUUAAAAAAAAAAAAGUGAUGUUGAACUAAGAAGAGAAACAAUAGCUUGAUUGUUCUUUUCUUGCUGGAAAGGAAAAAACAAACUGGUGAGAAGCAGGAUAAUAUCGCUCUGUUUUUGACAGUCGGUGAAGUGUCGGGCAACAUUACCUUUGAUGUAUGAGUGUCGCCGUGCGAGAGUAUGUCGGUAAUCCUCCCUAAGGCCUUAAGAGUCGCGCUGGACAAUGAGCUGACAGGUUAUUUUUUGUUCAUCUGGUUUGCCUUGCACUUUUGCCUCUCAAUCUGUGCACCUUGGUUGGUAAAAAAGGGGGCAGAUCCAGGCGGGUUACCUUAGCAACGCUGUAAUGACCACAUAUUGACCACUGACUACAGCGUUGACCCCCGCCAAGUAAGCUGUAGUGAUGGGUAAAUGGCGCCUCGAUGAGCGUGUGGUACACUCACUAGCUGUAUUGACAAUGUGUUGCUGUUUCAUACUGGCGCCAUUUGCUGGAUUAAAAACACUACAUUUGACUUGCAAAUAAAAUUUGGAAAUAUAUUGUUUUUGUUUUUUGUUUUUUUUUAGAAUAGCUGCCAGAAAGAAGUACGAAACUUGCAACUCUGGUCAAUGAGCCAAACAGUCAACAGGAAAAUAACUUAUUCGGUGUGAUAAGAUUAAAGUGAUCCCGCAUUUUGGAAUUUUUUCCAACUUUUAAUACGCAAGGCGCCUCAGAGUCAAAUGUAUUGGUCACAUGUUUUUUUUCUUAAAGUGACACACACAUCGUGGUAUCAUUUGACACAGUAUCACUCCUAGUGUUUUAGAAUGCUUUGGUAUCAUAAGCAGGCCACUUCCUGCGUCAUGGUGCUGUGAACGCACCUUUAUCAAGACAACAAAGCCUAAAGUUGCCUUUCUUUUUUUUUUCACAGUACGGUAAUUGGAUUAUUUACAAAUGGGAGUAAACACGCCACCAAUUAGACAGUUGAGACCGAAAAAUAUGAAUAAAUCAUAUCAGUAUGUGAUCACGUGAUCUUAACCAGGCGGAACAAGAAGCCUUACUGCUUAAAAUAUGACAAGUUCAGACUGAAAUGUUUCUGUGUGAUUUGACUGAGCACACGCCAUUUGAAAUAUGAUCAUGUCAAAAAGUGGAACCUUUGUUAUUUGAACUUGCUUGUUGCCAACUUUGAGUGUUUUAUAUAUGAAAUAAAGUGGACGGCAAAGUAACUGUCUCGGUUUCAAUGUUGACCUGUUUUCAAAAAUAUAAUGUUUGGUUUUAAAUGAGGAGUUUACGUGUCUGCAAUAUUAACACCACCUGUUUUCUUCAUUCAGUAUAUUCUGUCAGGAAUUCUAUUUUAUUACUUUAUGUAGGAAUAGCUUUUAUAAUGUAUUGAGAAAAUAAAGUCAUGUGGAGACUG